UCUCUCUCUAUGUUUUCUCUCUCUCUCUCAUCUUUAUCUUCUCAAUUUCCUCUCCAGUCAAUAAUUUUCUCUUUCAUUACAUCAGGUCUUCCAUUUUUGGGAAGAAAAAAGGGACUCGUAGAGCGGCGAUAACCAGACAAGGAGAUACCCUUUUGGCUGAUCUUGCAAACCCUUGAUUAGAUUUUGUGAUUAAAUGUUAAAACAGGCAGAUUAAGUGGAUAAAAAUCGUUUUUUUUCAUAGAAAAUACGGUCAGCUAUGGUCAGAGAUUUUGGCGGUGGUUCGUGAUUUUUCAACCAUGGAUAAGCUUUGAGCUUUAAAGUGAAGGGCCUUGAUGUUUGAAGGAGACGACAUGUAUGAAUGUCAUGCUAGAGUAGAUGGCAAGUUAGCGCAGAAAUUCAGAAGUUACUUUUCGCUGCUUCUUUUCUACCUUGUUGAUGGGGUUUGGCCCAGUGGCUCUUGACGGUGUAAUGAUAUAUCGGUAUAACAAUGUGUUACGAGAAAAAGGAAGUCGCAAAUGGAGUGGCCGCCACCAGGGGACAAGCAUUAGGUUCAUCUGAGGAAGAUGAGUCUCGGGUUGAUGAUACUGGCCAUAGAACUGCCAACAUGUCUGUUGACAUGUUGCAGAUACCGCACCAACAGCAACAACCACAAGCCUCGUCUAUACGGUGGGAGAGAUACCUUCCUGUCAGGUCACUUAAGGUUCUUCUAGUGGAGAACGAUGAUUCAACACGUCAAGUUGUCAGUGCCCUUCUACGGAAUUGCAGUUAUGAAGUUACUUCUGUUUCAAACGGUCUUCAAGCCUGGAGAAUGCUAGAAGAUGAGAAUAAUCACAUCGAUCUGGUCUUAACCGAGGUCGACAUGCCUAUACUUUCUGGAACAAGUCUUUUGUACAAGAUCAUGAGCCAUAAGACAUUCAAGAACAUCCCUGUCAUAAUGAUGUCAUCUCAUGAUUCUAUGAAUCUGGUCUUUAAAUGUUUGUCAAAGGGUGCGGUCGAUUUUCUCGUGAAACCCAUCAGAAAGAACGAACUGAAGAAUCUUUGGCAGCAUAUAUGGAGAAGAUGUCACAGUUCUAGUGGUAGCGGGAGCGAGAGUGGCACACAAACAAAAAAGUCGGUAAGGAUCGAAAGCAAUGAAGAGUCAGAAAAUGAUACCAGCAGCAGCAAUGAAGAUAAUGAACAUGAAAAUGGGAGUACUGAUCCGAGUAUCCGUGAUGGAAGCGAUGAUGGAAGUGGAACUCAGAGUUCGUGGACCAAAAAAGCUGUGGAUAUUGAUAGUACCCUUCAAGCAUCAGCUUCAUAUGAUUUACCUGAUGCACCCGAUAGCACCUGUGCUCAAGUGAUAGACGUGAAACCAGGAACUUACGGUAACGGGUGGGUACACAUAAGUGAACAGAAGGAGCUUGAAAAGCUGCAUGAACAACUAGAUGAUGUUGAAAUCAACAAGGACUUGCAAGCAGGAGCUUGUGAGGCUGGUGAUCCUGGGGCAAGCAAAAAGAAAGGUAAGGGCCACAAAUUGGAAAAACCCGAGAAUGAGAAUCUGACGGGAAAGUCCAGAGAACGCGAUGCAAAGCCUUUGGCUCAAGUUGUAGAGAGAAGCUAUGAUGAGACACUGAAUAAUCCUUCCGCUAACUCGCAAGUCAAAGGCAAAACAUCUUCGUCCAGCCCUGAAGCUUUGCCAUCACGAAAGCUAACUGUGACAAGGCCAAGAGAUGCUGUCCUGAGGCACUCAGAUCAGUCUGCAUUUUCAAAAUACAACACUGCCACUUCUGCUAACAAGGGUCCUAUGGGAAAUGUCGGAAGCUGCUCUCCGAAUGAUAGUUCUGUUGCGAAGAUGACGGGUUCUGGCUCAAGCAGCAACCCGUUGAAUCAGCAGUCUAACGGAAGCAGCGGUCACAACUAUAUCACGGGUUCUUCUGGAAAAUGUGCAAAUACGAAGCCAGAAGCAUUCAGGACAUUUCACUCUUCUGCCUUUCACCUCGUCCAGACCACUCGCUCUAUUCCUUCUCAGUCUCAUAAGAUAUCACCCGAGAAGACAGACGAUGCAAGAGGUAACAUGUCCAAUAUGUUGGACAGUACGGUUCUCAACUGCAGUGUUACAGGAAGCGCCUCGGGAAGCAAUCAUGGAAGCAAUAACGGUAACAGCGGCAGUGGAAUCGCUGGAAACACUGAAAACCCUAACGGUGAAAGUGAUAAUGCCACUGAUGGGAGUGGUAACAGACGGGCAACCCAACGGGAAGCUGCUAUAAUGAAGUUUCGCCAGAAACGAAAAGAACGAUGCUUUGAGAAGAGGGUAAGGUACCAUAGCAGAAAGAAACUGGCUGAGCAACGGCCUCGUGUCAAGGGUCAAUUUGUUCGCCGGAGUGAUUCCAAAUCGGGAAACGAUUGCCCGAACAGUGGCAUGGCGGCUGAAGACAGUUCUCACGACAGCGAUAGAUGACAGACAGAAAAGGCGAUCGCUGAUCGUUGCAUCUCAUAACCUGUGAUUCACUUCCAAGAUCCGAGGAACAAAAGGAACAAGAGAAAACGAUUCGAUUGUCUUUCAUCAACUGACUCUUUGGAAACAUGAACUGUGAUAGAAACCUAUUCUCAAAAGACUUCUCAGACACUGGGUUGUUUGGUUUUUCCCCCACUGACGGAUUUAUGUGUUCAAAAUGCGUUCUCCUUGUUUCUGUUAUUAUUGCAGUGUGUAAGAUACAGCGUCAGAAGAAAAACAUUUCAGACGAAAAGUCCCCAUCUGUUUUUCUUUCCUU